CCCACCUCCCCCACACUGGAAGCACGGAGCCUCAACCAGUGGACUGUUGGAGAAGUCCCCAUUUCACAAAAUAUCUCUUGUUGACAUUCUACAAAUGAUACCAUCCAAUAAUGUCCCAAUACUUUCUUCUUGUGAAGGUUGUUUACAUAUCUUUUUGACUUCUGUAAUAUGUAUUCUUUCAGGGAGAUUUUUCAGAGAAACUUUAUGAUCUUCUGUCUGAGAUAUUAGAUCUUCUUGAUUUAUUUGUUUUUCUUCCUCUUCAGUAUAAGCAAUUGGAAUUGAAAUGUCCUUUGCCGAGGUACCAGAUUUUUUCAAGGGCUCUGAAGUAUUGUUAUUUGGGAAAAGAUUGAAAAUAAUUUCAGUAGAUAGAGUUCUUGUCUUCAUUUUUCCCACUUUGUAGAGGUAAACUGCUUUGUUUACUGCCACAGGUGUUUGAAAUGGAUUGACAGUCACUGUAGGGUUUAUUAACAAGCCAUCAAUGGCACCUUCCAUGUCCUUUUUUCUCAAGUAGUUUUUACAUCGUUAAAUAACAGAGGGGUCACCUUGUAUUCGAGAAGAUAGGUCCAGCUGAUGUGUUAACUGCAUUUCAUAGAUAAGCAGGAUUCAGUGUGCCCAGAACCUCAGGACUAGGUCCCUAUUCUACGAGCUACUUUGUCAUGACUUUGGUGAGUCGAAGGCUUAUCAGGAUGAUGUAUCGCCACUAGACUGUCAGUCCUCAAAGGUAGAGACUGAGCUGAUCAUUGCCAGGCUGCAUCCCAGGGAUGGGCCUUGGGGAGGUGCUCGGUAAAUGAAGGUGCCAAGAAUCACAGGCAUUGCCUGGAAAAUCAUGGUCAUGGGUGCCGGGGUUGGGUCUCCUGUUCCUGCUCAGCCCAACCCAGCCUGGCCCCUCUUCUGAUUUUCUUAAUAUUUUCUUUUUUUCCAGCUCACUUAAUUCUAGAAAUAUAGUAUAUAAUACAUAUAACGUGCAAAGUUUGUGUUAGUCGACUAUGUUAUUGGUAAGCUUCUGGUCAACAGUAGGGUAUUGGUAGUUAGGUUUUUGUGGAGUCAAAAGUUAUACUCAUAUUUUAGACUAUACCAGGGAUUUAGUGCCCCUAGCCCCUUGUUGUUCAAGGGUCAACUGUAGUUUAUUCUUUUGGAGAUAGUUGAGUUCAUAUGAGAUUUAAUCCAUUGACCAAUCAUAGGCUUCUACUUCCCAGACUGUACUUAAUCAGUGCACAGUUGGCUUUUGGUCUUUUCUCCUUUCUGAUUCAGACCAGUAAACUGUUGAAGCAGGAGUCGGGAGGACAGCAUGUAUGAAAUUUAUGUAUGGAAUUCAUGUAUGGAAUAUAAAAUAUAAUUUUAAUUAACACUAAAAAUGAAGAUUACUCAUAUUUUUCCACCAGAAAAAGUGAAAGUGCUUGAGGGAAGGCAUGCUGUGGUAGACCUAGUUGUGUCAAACACUUGAUAGAAUUUUUUGUAGGGGUUGUAGAAAUUUUUUUGAUGACUACUGAAGAGAAUUUGGAAUUACAAAAAUAUUUUAAAGGCUUAUUUUCAGUAGUUAAUAAAGCUAAUUGAGUUUAAAGAUUAUAUGGGAAAAAUGUAUUUUUUUAAGUUACAAAGAAUUGCAGUGAUGUUUUGGUUUUCGACCAGUAAAAGUUGUGUUUCACUGUCACUUUUGUGUUUUUUGUUUUGUUUUGAAUGCAGAACACAGUUAUGGCCACCCAGGUAAUGGGGCAGUCCUCCGGAGGAGGAGGGCUGUUCACCGGCAGUGGCACCAUGGGCAUGGCCUUGCCCAACGACAUGUAUGACUUGCCUGAUCUCUCCAGAGCCGAACUGGCUGCGCCUCAGCUCAUCAUGUUGGCCAAUGUGGCCUUAACUGGGGAAGUAAACGGCGGCUGCUGUGAUUACCUGGUUGGCGAAGAAAGGCAGAUGGCCGAAUUGAUGCCUGUUGGGGAUACCAACUUUUCAGAUAGUGAUGGAGAAGGACUUGAGGAGUCUCCUGAAGUAAAAGGCGAACCCAGUGGGCUGGAAAACAUGGAACUGGAAGGUGUGGAACUCACCGUUGUCCAGCCACGGCCUGUGUUUGAGGUAUCCGCUGCCUCAGAACCGUACAGCGCAAAUAAAGAUCUUCCUCGGGAAACACCGGUAGCAGAGGACAAAUGCAAGAACUUGAAGACCAAACCCUUUCGCUGUAAACCAUGCCAGUAUGAAGCAGAAUCUGAAGAACAGUUUGUGCAUCACAUUCGAGUUCAUAGUGCCAAGAAAUUUUUUGUGGAAGAAAGUGCAGAGAAGCAAGCAAAGGCCAGGGAAUGCAGCUCUUCCCCUGGGGAAGAGGGAGAUUUCUCCAAGGGCCCCAUUCGCUGUGACCGCUGUGGCUACAACACCAAUCGCUAUGAUCACUAUACUGCUCACCUGAAACACCACACCCGAGCCGGGGACAGUGAGCGAGUCUACAAGUGCAUCAUUUGCACGUACACCACAGUAAGCGAAUAUCACUGGAGGAAACACUUGAGAAACCAUUUUCCAAGGAAAGUCUACACAUGUGGAAAAUGCAACUAUUUUUCAGACAGAAAAAACAAUUAUGUUCAGCAUGUUCGAACCCAUACAGGAGAACGUCCGUAUAAAUGUGAACUUUGUCCUUACUCAAGUUCUCAGAAGACUCAUCUAACCAGACACAUGCGUACUCAUUCAGGUGAGAAGCCAUUUAAGUGUGACCAGUGCAGUUAUGUGGCCUCUAAUCAACAUGAAGUAACCCGCCACGCAAGACAGGUUCACAAUGGGCCUAAACCUCUUAACUGCCCACACUGUGACUACAAAACAGCAGAUAGAAGUAACUUCAAAAAACAUGUGGAGCUCCAUGUAAAUCCACGGCAGUUCAACUGCCCUGUAUGCGACUAUGCAGCUUCCAAGAAGUGUAAUCUGCAGUAUCAUUUCAAAUCUAAGCAUCCUACGUGUCCUAAUAAAACCAUGGAUGUCUCAAAAGUGAAACUAAAGAAAACCAAAAAGCAAGAGGCUGACUUGCCCGAUAACAAAAUCUCCAGUGAAAAAACAGAAACAGAGCAGACAAAAACAAAGGGGGAUGUGACUGGGAAGAAACACGAGAGGUCUGUAAAAGUGGAGAGAAAAGAUAAUGUUUCAAAAGAGAAAAAGCCUUGUAGUAAUGCCUCAAGCCAAGUGACUACCAGAACUCGCAGAUCGGCCAUGGAAGCUAAAGAAAUGGAUGUGCACCCAGGAAAUAAUUCAGAAAAAAGCUGUAAAAGCAAGAGAAGCAAAAGGAGGAUGGACGCUGAAGCCCAUUCCUCCCAAGAUCCUGUUAAUGAUGAACCUGUGACAAAAAAGAAAAAGAAGGCAGAAAGCAAAUCCAGAAAUAGUCAGGAAGUGCCAAUGGGUGACAGCAAAGUAGAGGAGACUAAAAAGCAGAGUAUUUGCAUGAAAAGCAGUACAAAGAGGAAAACCCUGAGAAGUAAAUCAUGUAAAAAAAGCAACAAGCCUGCUCAGAGGAGACCCGCUCAGAUAGAGCCUCCUCAGGUGGGGCCUGCACAGACAGAACCUCCUCCUCCCACGGAGCCUGCUCAGGUGGGGUCUGCUCAGACAGAGCCUCCUCCUCCUCCUCUCCCCCCUUCUCUCCCUCCUCCUCCUCCUCCUCCUCCUCUUCCUCUUCCUCCUCCUCUUCUUCCUCCUCCUCCUCUUCUUCCUCCUUCUCCUCCUGUGGGGCGUGCUGAGGUUGAGGUUGUCCAGGAGGGGCCUGUUCAGAUGGAACCUCCUCCUCCCCCUCCGCUUGUGGGGUGUGCUGAGGUCGAGGGUGUCCAGGAGGGGCCUGUUCAGAUGGAACCUCCUCCUCCCCCUCCGCCCGUGGGAUGUGCUGAGGUCGAGGGUGUCCAGGAGGGGCCUGUUCAUUCGGAGCCUCCUCCUCCCAUGGAGCCGAUCCCCAAAAGGUCUCCGCGAAAAGGUAAUAGAAAGGAGAAGUCCAACCUGCAGAGUGAAAUGGUGCAGGAGCAAGUCCUUAUUGAAGUUGGCUUAGUGCCUGUUAAAGACAGGCAGCUUCUAAAGGAAGCACAGGAUCUCUUACCACCAUCACCACCUCUGCCAAAGGAAAACUUAAAAGAGGAGGAGUCAAAAGACCAAAAAUUAUUCCCUGCAGGUGAAGGAAAUAAAGAAGCUCCUCUUCAAAAAGUGGAAGCAGGAGAGGCAGAUAAGAGUGUAGCUGGUCUUGCUGCUGUUACCAAGGAAUCUGUCAGUAUGUCAUCCUCUGAAGCAAGCUUGAAUAUGCCAGAGGGUGAAACUUUACAUGGUAAACAUCAGGCUGACACUAUUCUUUGUGAAAUGGAGAUGGACACUUGUGAGAAGAAAACAGGGAAUCCCUCCGGCAGAGACUUGGCAGUUGAAGAACCAAUUUCACCACCACUUCUUCCUCUGUUGCUCGAAAAAGGUGAAGCAGUGACCACAGCUGCUGUGGCAUCACCUCCUGUCACCGUGGCAGUAAAUGAGCCUCAGGAAAUGGACGAAGACGAAGGCAUCCACAGUCAUGAUGGAAGUGACCUAAGUGACAACAUGUCAGAGGAUAGUGAUGAUUCUGGAUUGAAUGGGGCUCGGCCUGUUCCGCAAGAGACUAGUAGAAAAAAUGGAAAGGAGGCCUUGGCAGUCAAAGUGGCGGAGGGAGAUUUUGUUUGUAUCUUCUGUGAUCGUUCUUUUAGAAAGCAAAAAGAUUAUAGCAAACACCUUAAUCGCCAUUUAGUUAAUGUCUACUUCCUUGAAAAGGCAGCUCAAGGGCAGGAGUAAUUAAAAUUUGGGCAAGGCUUCAGUUCUCAGUUUGUAAGGUCUGUGACAUUUUAUAUUCAUUUGUAGUAGUAGACAACCUUUUGUUUUUAAAAUUGCUUUAAUUUGUAUCCAAUCUUGAUUUUUUAAGUGGCAGUUCUUUUCCUUAGGACUCUGUACCUGUUGAUGUACAAAUCUUAGCAAGUUCAAGGGAGUUAGUGUACUAAACCAGCAGACAUCUGAGUGUUAGCUUUUGCAUUUAAUUGAACCAAGAAGGCCAAGGUGUUGCUAGAGCAUUUAUUGAUUUUUCAGCUAUAACUUGCCUGUUUUCCCCCUCAUGUCUGUCUGCCUGUUUUGCUUUAGUUUAUGCAUAGUUUCUUGUUUAGCUCUAUAAAAAUUGGCAUACUUAAGUAGCAAAUUACUUGAGGAAUUUGCCUGCUUUAUAUAAAGUUAGCACUUUAAAAUUGUUUUAGAGAUGAGAAGAGACAUUUAAAUUGAAGAGAAAUUCUGCCAACUAUGGACAUUGUAUCAGUCCAGGUAUUUACUUCCUGAGUUUUGAUCAUUACAUACAUAUUUCUUAUUUGUGUAUAUGUUAUGUCAUAAAAAAACAUUGAUUUUGGUGUGUUUUUUUAUUUCGGUGCUUUAAUGGCUUAAGAUGUUGCACAUUGUUUGUUAUUUUUUUUUUUAUCUAUGCAGUUACAUUUUUUUCUAGAACUAGCAUUUUUGUUGAACAGUAACACUUUAUACAUAUAUUUGCAUUUUAUUUUUUCCUCCUUGGAGGGAUGCUUUUAAUCUUGUUUGCAAACUGCCAGUUUUUGGGUUUUUUUUUUUUUCCUUUGCUGCAAUUGUCUUUUUUGCAGAAUAUUAGUGUGUGCAAAUUUCUGAGCAAAUGAAACAUGCAUGUUCAGUUUAUUGAUUUUGAUAGUCAUAUCUAUGCCAGAAUCUGCAUUUCAUGUGUUAUUUAUUUUAAAUGGUGUAGUGAAUUCACAGCUCUCAGUUCAAACUUUACAAUAAAUAAGCCACUAGGUCUAUAUUGAAUGGAUUUUUAUCUCAAAUACCAACCUCCCUGUCUGAGUACAUCUACGUCCUAAAUGUACCGUGUUAAAUUGUAUCUUAGAGGAAAACCUCUUUCUUAGAUGGUUGGUGUUUAUAGGUCUACUCUGCUGAAUAAAGAAUUGAAAUUUUUAUUUGGAAACUGCAAAUCUGGAAUUAGGCAUGAUUACUCCUUCAAGUUAUACAGAAUAUGAGUUUGUGAGAUUCCAAAGCCAUAGCAAUUAUAUGGAAAACCUAGGAUGAGAAAGGUAGUAUGAGUGCUGGUAGACCAGCUGCUGCUUCCUGUGAAUACAGUGAAAAAGGCUGGCGAAACUUAAGUUCAGUCCAGAUUAAAAAAAUCAUACUUUCUCAGGGAUCUCCACCAACUUGUGGGUGUCCUGGCUGUUCCUGUGACUGCCUUUUUCUACAGGUGAGAACUCAAAUGGGUUGCAGCUAUUCUAGUGGUCCUAUGGGGGCACUUUGUAUGGAAGAGUGUGUACUCCCAAACUUUGUUGGUAGGUUCUUUGGCCAGUCACCAAAGAAUAUGAAAGAAGCCAACAAAGGAUUUUUCUUGUUGAUAGCAGUUAUUCAUUGUAGUCCAAUAAAAUAUGAUCCCAAUAGGGAACCUUGAACAACUCCAUUUCUCUGUUGUUCUAUUCUGAAAUAACCACUUUAUAUUUCAUUUACUUUCUUUUGUCUGAUCUCUGAGGCAGGUUUCAGAGUUUGGCAAUGUAACAGGAAUGAUUAGGAAAAGUAUUGAAGUAUGGGUGGAAAAUUUGUUGAAAAUCUGAGAGUGAAGUCUGAGUUGAAAGACAUUCGAACUUGGAAUUGACUGGGAGACCAAAGAUUUAAAGAAGCAGAAGAUUCUCUCAAGACACGAGGAGUAAGUUGUGUGUUACUGGUGUGUGUUUUGUGUGCAUGAUAGGGAUUUGUAAAUGAUGUUGAAUUCUAAGCUCCGACAAUCAUUGUCAAUGGAAGAUCAAGUUGCAAAUAUUUAUGUUUUAAAACCUAAAUUAUAAGGCUAGUUAAAUCUUUCUAACAACUAUUUUCAGUGUUAUCAUAUGUUACCUUUUACAGUAUACAUGAAAAGGUUCAUGUUAAGUACAAAUUACAGAUUGCGAAUCAGUUUGGGGAAGAGGUUUUGUGGAUUCUUUGAUACUUCAAAAGAAAAAUUUGACUUCUGAGGAAUUGGACUAAUUUUCUUACCUAGAUUUUAAGACUAGAAUGCCAAAAACAAAAGUAUGAAGGAAAUGAAAAUUCAUUAUUAGAGUGGUCUGUGAAAACAUUUUUACUGGGAAUUGAAUGGACUUGAGGACUUUCUUCCAGAAAACAAGGACUUGAUUGUCAGGCCUAUAUUAGGUUCUGAACCUUAAUGCCAUGUAUUUGUACUUAUUAAAAAUUGUUUCAGUGAGAAGUAUAUUAGUAAUAAGAACUUCUGGUCUAGUUGGGAGUUCUUCCAUUUGAAAAAUGUGAUAUUUGCAUGAAACUGUGUGAAUCUUUUUGUUUUCUCAGUUUACCCUCCACUGGAUAGGAUUGAAGCUAGAAUUUUCCCUUUUGAUAAAGAAAUGAAAAGUGAACAUGUUAUUUGUAAAUUGAUGUUUAGUACUAGAGCAAAAGUUGAAAUAUUGGAAUAUGUUAUAAGCCUAAUCCUUGGUAGCCUUAUAAAAAUAUAUCUUUUAACUAUCUUCUGAACCUAUAUUCGCAUUGCUUUUCAAGAUAUUUUAAGUUAUAUUUUUUUCCUCUUUUCAGAGCUGCUUCUAUGGGGCUGCCUUUUUUUUUUUUUUUUUUUUUAAAUAAUUUGAGGUGUUAUUCACAAAGGGCUGCAUUUUUUGUUAAGAUUUCUUACAACUAUGGCUGGGUGUUUUUUUCUCUAGUCUUCCAGCAAAGGCCAUUUUAUCUUUAUCAUGACUUUAGAGACACUCUAGAGUCACUUCUAAAGUCAUUUGGUCUUUAACUUUGGGGACUGUUUUGCAUACGAGUUUUAAUUCAGAUUUAAGAAAUUAUCUGAAUUUUGGUUUGAGUAGAUUCGGGAUCUACAUGCAAUAUUAACUAGAUCGGAUAACUUUUAUAUUUUCAUAUGUAUACAUAGGCUUUCCUCACCCUUGUCAACAUCCAUUAGUUAUUGAACUUUGUGAACUGGCAUUGAAACAUUACAACAAUGUUUUAUUGCACCAAUUUUAUAAACUUUUACUGUGCAAUACGUGUUAUUUUUCAGAGACAAACCAAAGUUUAAUUUCUCAAGGUUCUUGCUGUUGCUUUAGCAGCAUUUUGAUGGAGGCUCUUUUAUAUACAUUUGUAAUAGAUAAAAUGUAAACCAGAUUGCAAAUCCUUUUUCUUUCUUUUUUAAAGCAAACCAUGUACCAAGUUUUUUGGUUCAAACUGUGUAGGAUAAGUUAAAUUGCAUUCUAUUAACCAAUAUGAGUGUAUUUCUGUAAGUAUAGCUAUGUUGAAAUAAAGUUUUA